AUGACGAUACGAGUAUGGGUUUGGCUACGCGGCGAUUUUCUCCUGGAAUCAUUCCUCCCAUUGGAAUUCACCCUUAUCAAAACCCCAAGUGCUCGAGUAGAAGCUGCUGAAGAAACCGAAUCGCCAGGUCGUCGUACAGCUAUCGAAGGUGCACAUGCGCUAUUGGACGUGUGCCAGGAGAGAAAUUGGGAUCGUUUGGGGUCAGUUUUGAAGAGUAGAGUUUGGUAA